UUCGUAGCAAUCUUCAGGGUGAUUAACCGGCUCAAACCAAACUGCCGGCGUCUCAUAUGAGGUGUAAAUCAGUGUUUAGGUUAUUGUCAUUUACAAUCCGAAUUUUUACUGUUUUGCAAUAAAUUAAGUGAACUGUUCAUGAUGGCGAAAGCGUCUGCCGUUCCGAUAGUUUUAAAAGCAGAAAUCCAAAAGUUGAUACCUACCUCGAAAAUUUUGGUAGUCGGCGCUGGCGGCAUAGGAUGUGAGAUAUUGAAAAAUUUAGCGAUGUCUGGCUUUAAGGACAUUGAGAUUAUUGAUCUUGAUACAAUUGAUGUGAGCAACCUGAACCGACAAUUUCUCUUCCGCAAAGAACAUGUUGGCAAAUCCAAGGCUAUGGUUGCCAGGGAGACAAUUCUUAAUUAUAAUAAGGAUAUAAAUAUUAAGGCAUACCAUGACAGUAUUACAACCUCUGAAUAUGGAGUGAAUUUCUUCAAGAGAUUUGCUGUUGUAUUAAAUGCUCUGGACAAUAGGGCCGCGCGUAAUCAUGUGAACAGGAUGUGCCUGGCAGCCGAUGUUCCAUUAAUUGAAUCUGGCACCUCUGGUUACACAGGCCAAGUUGAAUUCAUUAAGAAGGGAUUGACACAGUGCUAUGAAUGUAAUCCAAAGGCUGCUCAGAAGACAUUCCCUGGCUGCACAAUCAGAAACACACCAUCUGAACCAGUCCACUGUAUUGUAUGGGCUAAACAUUUAUUUAAUCAAUUAUUUGGUGAAGAUGAUCCUGAUCAGGACGUUUCGCCGGACACUGCGGAUCCUGAGGCAGCUGGAGACGCAGGCGUUGAAGCUUUAGCACAAGUAGACGAGAGUAAGAAAGUCGAAAGAAAAUCGACGAAAACGUGGGCUCAAGAAACUUCGUACAACCCAGAGAAACUCUUCAAUAAAUUCUUUGAAGAUGAUAUCAAAUAUCUUCUUAGCAUGGAAAACCUUUGGAAAAACAGGAAAGCGCCAAUUCCGUUAUCUUGGUCAUCUGCUGCUUCAGACGAUGGCGACCAAGAGAAGUCUAAAAACGACGUCCAUAAGGAAGAUAUGGAAGUGUGGUCGUUUAAAAAAUGCACCGAAGUAUUUUCGUCGAGUAUAUCGAUGUUGAAAGAAGAAUUGGCUAAUAAGAAUUUCUUGGUUUGGGACAAAGAUUUUAAACCGGCUUUGGACUUUGUGACUGCCUGCGCAAAUGUCAGGUCGCAUAUUUUCUCGAUUGCCAGGAAGUCGCGAUUCGAAGUCAAAUCUAUCGCUGGGAAUAUUAUUCCAGCUAUUGCAACGACAAAUGCCAUGGUUUCGGGUCUUGUUGUGUUGUUAACUUUCAGAGUGUUGGCCGAAGAAUAUGAGAAAUGUUUGACAGUGUACGUGAGGCAAAAAUCAAGUGAAUCAAACACUGUAAUGAUGACUGAGAAGUUUUUGGGAGCUGCGAAUCCCAAAUGUUACGUAUGUUCGAAGCAACCAAUGGUCGAUGUUUCAAUUAAUACGAAAUCAAUGCUCGUCAAAGAUUUUGAGUCGGAGAUACUCAAAAAAAGCUUAAACAUGGUUGCACCUGACGUAGUUCUGGACGGUAAAGGCGUGGUGGUGAUUUCAUCCGAAGAAGGCGAAACGGCUGCAAACGACAAUAAAACCCUGACGGAAAUGGGAAUCGUCGAUGGAGCUAUUCUGAAAGUCGACGAUUUCCUGCAGAACUACGAGCUGACCAUAUGCAUCCAUCACUACGUUCCCAAAGAGAAAGAGGAUCCGCUGUACAAGAUCUUGGCCGAUAUGGAUCUGCAAGCCAAAUCCGAAGAGGGAGCCAACGGUAAAGAAAACGGUGCUUCUUCUGCAAGUGCCGCUGAUUUUGCCGCUGUCAACGUCGAUGACGACGAAGAUCCGCAAGAGGGGUCAUCGAAACGCCGUAAGAUGAAUCCAAAGGAGGAAGACGAUGAUGAUAUGAUAAUGUUAGAUUAGAUGUGUUAACUGUGUAUAUUCGUUCGUGUCCUUCAUAUCAAUAUACAACAAAGUACGAAUUAUCAGUCGAGAUCGGCAACAAACAAAACAACCAGUUCAAUAUUUUUGUAUAAAACUCAUACGUUUGCAGUGGAAACAAACAAGUCCGUUUUCGUUUUGUUUAAAUGUUUCUUUUUUUUUGGUAAAUCUUACUACUACUAUAUUUAAGAACAUGUUAAUUUUAAAAUUUAUUUGUGAAUAUAGAAGUAAAUGUAUAUUUA